AUGAGAAGGGCAGGAUUCUGGCUCUGGAAGCUAGCAAACGUGACUCAGUUGCCAUAUGAGUACGUCUGGUCCAACGAGACGAUGGCGCCCGUGCUCGUCAGCGGCCCUACCCGCAAGACCAUGUACGUGUCAUCGCUCUACUUCACCAUGACCUGCAUGACCAGCGUCGGCUUCGGCAACGUGGCCGCGGAAACAGACAACGAGAAGAUUUUCACCAUUUGCAUGAUGAUCAUCGCUGCACUGCUGUACGCCACCAUCUUCGGCCACGUGACCACCAUCAUCCAGCAGAUGACCUCAGCCACGGCCAAAUACCACGACAUGCUCAACAACGUGCGCGAGUUCAUGAAGCUGCACGAGGUGCCGAAGGCGCUCUCGGAGCGGGUCAUGGACUACGUCGUCAGCACGUGGGCCAUGACCAAGGGCAUUGACACCAACAAGGUGCUCAACUACUGCCCGAAGGACAUGCGCGCCGACAUCUGCGUGCACCUGAACCGCAAGGUCUUCAACGAGCACCCCGCCUUCCGGCUGGCGUCGGACGGCUGCCUGCGCGCGCUGGCCGUGCACUUCAAUAUGUCGCACAGCGCCCCCGGCGACAUGCUCUUCCACACCGGCGAGAGCAUCGACACGCUCUGCUAUAUCGUGUCCGGCUCGCUCGAGGUCAUCCAGGACGACGAGGUGGUCGCCAUCCUUGGUACGCCACUUUGGUUGCUGCUGCACCUGGCGCCUAUUCGCAACGAGAAGGAGGUUGUCGUGCUGUUCCUGCUGACGCUGCGCGACAUUACCGCUCUAAAGCAGCCCAUCGAGGCCGAUGACAGUAGAGCAGGUCUGAGCAAGUUCGCCAAGCUGGCCCGCUCGGUGACCCGGUCAAGGACGGUGCUCGCUUCCCAGUUCUCCUCCAACGUGGCUGGCGUCAAGGAGAACGGCAAGCAGUCCAACAUUGCUCACAUGAUGUCGCUCAACUCGGACGUGCUGCCGCAGUACCGCCAGGAGGCGCCCAAGACGCCGCCGCACAUCCUCCUCCACUACUGUGCCUUCAAAGCCAUCUGGGACUGGGCCAUCCUCUGCCUCACCUUCUACACCGCCAUCAUGGUGCCAUUCAACGUGGCGUUCAAGAACAAGACGUCGGAGGACGUCAGCCUGCUUGUUGUUGACUCCAUCGUGGACGUCAUCUUCUUCAUCGACAUCGUGCUCAACUUUCACACGACGUUCGUCGGCCCCGGCGGCGAGGUGGUGAGCGACCCGAAGAUCAUCCGCAUGAACUACCUCAAGUCGUGGUUCAUCAUCGACCUGCUCUCGUGUCUGCCUUACGACGUGUUCAACGCCUUCGAUCACGACGAAGACGAGUGA